AUAAAAAAUUAAUUGUUUGCUGCUGCCGCCCUACCCAAAAAAAAUGGUCCCGCUGGAAUUAUUUUUUUACGUUUUUUUCGGUCAUUUUUUUUUUAUAAAUCGUCAUUUCCGGAUUCCGGAUUUACCGGAUUCGUUUCGGUUUUAGUUUUGACUCUUCGUCGCUCAAACGCUUUAUAAUAGCGAGUUGUUAAAGCGUGCAAAGCACCUUGCUGACGUUGUGGGCUCGGAGCCGCCAUGGACGUCGCUACGCUAAAACGAAAGUUGGCUGCAGUCAGCAAUGAUUACGUAUCGCUGUGCUGUAGUUUGGUGUAUGAAGGAGAACCAGAUAUGCAUAAACAUAACAAGAACAACUAUAUUAUGGAGUUUGGUGUCGGGGACACGUGGAAUGAAGUGCUUGAUGAGCUAUUACAUACCGGCACACACUCGCCGUCACUGCCGGGGAAAACAGAUGUGGUUGAGUUAUCUCUUGCGGCAAAAAACUCGAUCACUGUCUUCCACCCCCAUAUGGAUGAGGCUAUCGAGGUAGCCCAAAACCUCGACAACACUUUGAAAUAUGCGACUUUUAAAGUGAUCAAAUCUACCACAACAACAGAAUCCGAGAGUAACCCGACUAGUACUAGUAAAAGGAAUGCCUUCAGUGUCCUGAUGUCGUCAGCGACCGAAUUGUCGAAAUUUGCGAAACACAAGGAUGCUACAGGGCAAAAAUUCACAGGUGAUGCUUUGCAAGGUAUGGUAUUCGUCAAGUUGCAACUAGCCUGCAACACCCACAUCGAAUUUGCAUACUAUGCUACAGGAUUUGCCACAAGGAAAGACGUGUGUUGUCACUGCGCUGUUGAUGGAGUACAGCGAGAUGCCAACUUGCUCAAACAGUAUCGUGUUGUUCUGCCUGUUUGUGCGGAUUGUUUAUUGGCAGGCAAAGACAGUGUGAAAAGGAAUCCAAUAAAAAAUUGAAAUAUUCAGAUAGGCAGGUAGCCCGUUCCGCCUGGCAUGUUGCGGAGAUGCAAACCUGGCAGAUGCAGGCGAGGGGGUAGGAAGUUGAAACCCCAUUCUAACGAUUUUGUCUGACAGAGUCCUCGACUACAGACUCGCCUUUAUAUAGUACCACUCGGUACCACUGGUUGAAUUUAGUCGAGCAGAUCAUGUCCACCCUGACCUGUCCUUUUGUUAAUUUUGUAUUAAUGACAAUUUGUCUGUUUAUGAAAUAUUGUAUAACAGAUACAUAGUAACAUACACAGUAUCAAUACUUAGUAGGGGUGGGCAAUAUAUUGCACUUACAGUAUUUUUCUUGCAAUACUAUAUAGCAAUGUGAUUUUGAAUUUUGUUCUAGUCAUUUUAAUGUUGUUUAAGUACAAUUAUUAACUAAUUAUUUAGAAAUAAUGUUAUAGCAAAAGUAUAUCAGCCAAAUUAAACUUGUUUGCUGUGAUAAUUUUUAGGGAUAGAUAGAUACAGUUUGUCAUUUUUAAAUUUGUCAUUGAAACUUGAUUACCUGAUGUUUUAUUAUAUCUGUCCGUUUUCCUGUACAUUUUUGUAACAUGUUAAUCGACAAAAUUUCUUAACAUAUCGCAAUAUGCCCCCAAAUAUUGCAAUAUGAACAUUGCUUGCAAUACCCACACUAUCAAAAAUCCAUUCCAAUUUCUCAUAUCGUGUCAUUUUCAGUUUUGUUGUGUUUUAACAUAUUUUUAUGUUUUUGUAUUUUUAUAUUUUUUGUGCAAUACCCACACUAUCAAUAUCUACUAGUCCAGAUCUAAAAAAAAUCCAUUCCAUCCAAUGUCAUUAUUAACAAUUUUCUCAUAUCGUGUCAUUUUCAGUUUUGUUGUGUUUUAACAUAUUUUUAUGUUUUUGUAUUUUUAUAUUUUUUGUGCAAUACCCACACUAUCAAUAUCUACUAGUCCAGAUCUAAAAAAAAUCCAUUCCAUCCAAUGUCAUUAUUAACAAUUUUCUCAUAUCGUGUCAACUUCAGUUUUGUUGUGUUUUAACAUAUUUUUGUGUUCAAUGAGAUUUCAAUUUAUUAAUUCAAGUGUUAAAUAAAAUUGUUCAAUUAUUUAAGUUAUAUAUAUAUGUGUGUGUUAUUAUUUAAACACUAGCUGGAACCCCCAGGUUGCUUGAACAUCCUGGCUAAAUGAUUCAUAUGAUAUAUGGUACAUGUACAUUUGAAAAAGACAUCAUAUCUGACACUCACCAUGCAUAUAUAUGUUACAAAGCCAGCUAGCAUUAAGCAGAGGAUGUCAGAUUAAGAACCAAAGGGUGCAUUGUUAAAGAUAAGUGGCAAUACAGUGCGCAUGCAGUAACCAAUCUACCAAGAAAAACAUCCAGGGUAAAUAUAACACAUAGACAAUCAAGUUUUCAAGUUUUUAUUCAAACUUUAGGCAUUAAGCCCAUCAGUACAAUCGGGACAAUAAAUUUGUACCUUUAACACACUACACUACAUGUCCACAUGAUGUUUCAGUUGUUUUGUAAUAUUUCACAAAAUUAUGCUAUAAAAUGUCUCAACU